AUGAGUUCCGAAAGUAGUUCACUUGAAAAUACAAGAUUUGGCGAUGAGAAGAAGCUCUCGAGUUCCAUGAGAUUUGUGCCCUUUGGCAGCCUUCUCAAGACCUGGACCGAAGUUUCUAGGAUUAAUUAUAUGUCCACCUUGGCCCUAGAUGACAUGUCUCGAGCCAUUAAUUGGGCCUUUGUUUUAGAUCAAAGAUUCAAAAGUUUUUCAUUGCCAUUAAAGAAAAUAUCUAUACCGCUGUUUGAUCCUUCCAAGUUUCAGAAUAAAGAUGAGGAAAGUGAACUAAUUGAACAGUUUCCAAUAAAUGUCACGCCCCUCAUGAACGAACACCAGCUAUGGGGUUGUUUCUACAAUUUUCCUGAACUGUACGAGGACGUGUACUCCCCAAUAGUACAUGUAAGGAAUGUGAACGAUAUUCCGGAUAUUGAAGGUGGCGUACUCACAAGGGACCUAGUUAGCACAUGCCUCAGUUAUUUGAAGCGAUCUCCAAUUUUAGGCGACUACGUGUAUAUUAAAUUGGAUUUAUCGUCCAAGUAUCUCCAUAAUAUCGAUGUUCUAAAAAAUUAUAAAUAUUUGGUAUAUUUAGAUCUAUCAUCAAAUUUAUUGGAUGAUUUAAGCGUUCUCUCAUAUUUACUGUAUAUUCAGUUUCUUAAUGUAUCAUUUAAUAGCUUUCGAACAGUAUUGGAUUACGACACACCUCAAUGGUUUUUAACAGAAGUGCAUUAUAGAUAUAAUUCAGUAACUAAAAUACGGGAUUUAAGUGCAUUUUGGUCGAUAACUGUGAUUGACUUAUCGCAUAAUAACAUUAAAUCAAUAAAUGGAUUGGAUACAUUGAGAUAUUUGCGUCGUCUGGAUCUUUCCUUUAAUCACAUACAAAGGUUUGAGAAUUUAAACCAUUUGCGAUUAUUGUGGCUCGACUUGUCCUAUAAUAACAUAUCAGAUUUCGAGUUUGGCGACAACGUUGGAUUAUGGACACUUCUUCAUCUCGAAUAUUUAAAUUUAAACGAGAAUAAUUUAACAUCCAUGAAGAUAUUUUCAGGGUGCUCCAGAUUUCGCGAAUUACACAUACGGAAUAACAGAUUAGGCUCCUUAUUGGAACUGGCAGUGUACAUGAGUAAACUGCGACGUCUUACCGUACUGGAUUUUAGAUCCAACCCUAUGUGUUCACUGCCAGGAUAUAAAGAUGUCGUUAUUAAUACCUUCCCUCUGUUAAUUUGCUUAGACGACAUUGAUCUGGAUCCUGUUGAACAGAGAACAUACAAAAUGAAUAUGAAUCCAGAUGUCUUUAUGUUUGCGUCGCGUCGCCUCUUGCGAUUAAUGUACAUUGAGCAAAUGUUUCGAGCACGUGUAUCGCCUUAUAACCCGCCUGCCGAUACCACUGACGUUCCAAUUAUCGUUUUUGUUGGCUACGAGGCUGUAGGAAAAGGCUCGUUGGCCCGUCGUAUUGCAACAGAAUGCGCUUCGCAUGUGGAAUUAGCUGUGCAACAUACAACUACAUUCUUCCAUUCGCCAAAUCAUUAUAAGCAAAUAAGUAGAAAACAAUUCGACGAAAUGUUGCUCGCUGGUGAAUUCCUGACUUAUAGCGAAACAGAUAGUGAGUCAUAUGGGCUGAGUCGCUCAGAGGCAUUCGUCAAAGAUGGAAAGGUGAAGAUUGUUACGAUGGAUCUACUCGGUGCCCUUAUGCUGAAACUAAGAGGCCGACAGCCCUACUUGAUAUUAACGACUUGUUCCGAUAAACGAGCACUUGCAACCAGACAACAAGAACGUAAAAUUGCAAGAGAUUUAGCAAAUGAAGAAAAAAUGUCCACUCAAUCGUUAAUGGAGAUAUCUACAUUGCAAGUAUUACUAUCGGGUAGAAUAAUCAUCAAUGGCAUAUUAAAUGAAAUUCUUCAGGCAAUACCCGAAGACAAAAGCCAAAGUGAAUUCAUAAUGGAGUCCGAAUGUUCUCUCCUAAUGGAAAGCGAGUCGCGAAAACCACGUAAAUAUAUUAAGAAUGUCAAUAGACUGACAAUGUUGACUCCUACCUCAUCUCUCGGGGAUGUUUGCAAGAGCGAUCGUGACAAAAACAGCAGUCAAGUUGACUCCAGUCUCUAUUCCUUGUAUAAGGAAACUCAACCUAUGGAUGAAUAUACAAGCACUGUGUACGGUCAAGCGUCGUCUGCGGAUCGGGGGCGAGCUAAAACGCACACUACACUUUUCGUAUGUCUUGCAGUGGGCAGCAGAAAGUCUUCAAAAUCAGUUGCUUUUACAUCUCCAGAAAAUACUGACUUGGCAACUGAAGAAUCAGAUCCAUCUGGACUUUACAUUGAACCAGUACCACAAAAGGAAAUGGAAAAUGUAUUACAAGCAACAUCUACAAACGCAAGAAUUUGUCGUCACCACAAUGACAAUGUGUCCGAAAACUCAGAUUUGUGGUUUGCAUUUCUGACUAAAAAUGGUCUGUUGCAAGCCAGUGAAAUUUUCAAUGAACCUCUGCCAAGGCAUGAAAGUAAAUUAGAUGAACCUGACUUUUUUAAAACUCAAUUGGAUAUUAUAAAAGAGCUGCCUUCAGGAACUUUUACGACGACUAUCAAAGACGACUAUGAUGAAAUACAUCGUACUUGCCCUGGUCUAUUUUGGGAUACAGUAACUAUGGAUAAUCCAGACAAAGCAUUCAAUAAAAUGAAGAAAAUUAUUCGAGACAUUGUGAACUCACAAAAGAAUCUAAAACCGAUGUUUGACGUUAACUUUACUAGUUCGAAAUAUUUGCCUACUUUAAAAGACAAACUUGCUGCUAUUGUAACUCAAAUAGCUCCACAAAGACUCUUCUAUUAAAUAAACACAAU